UGAUUUAAAAAGCGAAGCGUUUGCAGUUUUCGCAUAUAAGCGUAAGUGUCGUUGCAACGCGAAGACACUCCGAAGACACUAAAAUGUGUAUAGUACAAAGUAUAAGCAAGCUAUUACUUUUCCUGGUAAUUGCCAUAGGACCGCAACAAACCUGGCAGCUCUCACUGCCAAGCUCUCCUACUUACGAAGCUGGCGUGGUCGAGUUCAUACCUGGUGUGGGCAAUGGCAAAGCCAAAGUUGAUGAAGCCCUGAUUCGCUUGAAACAUGUCAUUGAAUCGGAUGGCACACGCGAUUUAGAUAUACUAGUCUUCCCGGAGUUCGUACUGAAUGAUUAUACGUCGCGCACUUUUGUGCCCGAUCCUGCAUUGCAGAUUGCACCUUGUGAAAUACCGAAUUAUAGUAACUUUCUGGCAGACCUCUCAUGCGCUGCACGUUCGCGUCAACUCUAUUUGGUUAUCAAUUUGAUGGAGAAAGUUUUUUGUGCCAAUGACACUACAACAGUUGGACACUGCGAUGCGAGUGGUCUGAACACAUACAACACAAAUGUGGUAUUCGAUCGGCAGGGACGUAUCGUAUCGCGUUAUCGCAAGACCCAUCUGUACCGUUUUGAAUGGUAUGAUGCGACUGUAUUGCCACAAGUGGAACAUGCUACAUUCACAACCGAUUUCGGCGUGACUUUUGGUCACUUCAUAUGCUUCGAUAUGCUUUUUUGGGAUCCCGCAGAGGUUUUGGUAAAAGAGCGUGGCAUUACCGAUAUCAUCUAUCCAACCUAUUGGUUCAGUGAGCUGCCCUUCCUCACAGCCGUGCAGCUGCAAGAGGGUUGGGCAUUCGCUAACGACGUAAACUUACUAGCCGCAGGUGCUAGCCAUCCCAGCGAACAAAAUACCGGUUCGGGUAUUUAUGCAGGACGACUGGGACAUCUCGCAGCUGUCAUUUAUGAGGAACCCAACACACAACUGCUCACCGCAAGCGUACCUAAACGCGCCUAUCGUCAAAACUAUCAACCGCCACCGGUGAUACUGCCCAACUUUGUGCCGCAAGUCACUACACCACGUUUCACCAAACUCAAUAUGUUGCGCGACUACAACGUGGACAUCUUUAAGACACAAUUACUAUCCGCGGACUUUACGACGGUGGAUGAAACUUUGUGCUACGAUAGUGAGUUCUGCUGUCACUUCCAGGCCACGCGUUCCGUUGUGAACAACACGAAUACUUACGCAGCUUAUCGCUAUCGACUCGCAGCUUACAGCGGUUCACGCGUCACGCAUCAAAGUGGCGAUCCGGCGGCUUUGAAGAUAUGCGCUGUGAUCGCCUGUACCAAUGCAAAUUUGUACAGUUGUGGUCACAUCUUCUCUGCAGGCGUCACAGUUGGUAAUACCCACUAUUUUAACACUUUGAAUGUAAGCGCUUCAUUUCCGCAUGCGCCCCGCCGUAUCAUUAUGCCGACUAGUGCGGAUGGCAGCAUCAUGCCGCUACCGGUGCACACUUAUGAAUGGCAGGAGUUUGAGAGCAACAACAGCACUGCGAUCUCCAUCAGUUUAACUUACCCCAAACUGGAUAUCUUAACCUUCGGCAUUUGGGGUAAUUACUAUUCGUUGGGGGUGAGCACACAUAACCUCGACCCCAUAUGGCAAGGCACGCAAUCCGGCGCAUCACAAUUUGUGGGUACGAAGUUUGUAAUUGUCUCGUUGUUGUUAGGGUUUAUUAAUUUUCUUCUGCAAUAAGCGCUUUAUAAAUUGCUGAUAUAAGGGUUGAGAAAUAUUUGGUGUUAAUAAAAUAUAUUUUUGGUGAUUUUAUUAAA